ACCCCAAGGAAAAAACAGGAAAAGAAAAGGAGGAAAAAAAAAAACGAGAAAGAAGAAUCAGAGCAAGAGCGAGAGAGCUGAGUUUGAGUUUUUGUCAAAAAGGCUGCGAAUUGGGUGUUUCUGGAUUUGAGGGUUUAGAUUGAUUUUCAGAAGCGAAGACGAAAGAUUGGGAGUUUGGUUUUCUGCUGUUGAUCAGAUUUGUAGAAAGGCGAAUGGGGAGAAAGUUUCUCAAGUGGAGGGCUUUGUUUUGGGUUGUUUACUGUCUUUGAUUGCCUUGCCUUACCGUCUUUACACUCUACUGUCUUGCCGAAGCUAAACGAUGUCGUACGACGACGUGGAGAUCGAAGAUAUGGAGUGGAACGACGAGCUCCAGGCGUACACAUACCCAUGCCCAUGUGGAGACUUGUUCCAGAUUACCAAGGAAGACCUGAAAUUGGGGGAAGAGAUUGCUCGGUGUCCUAGCUGUACUCUCUACAUCACCGUCGUUUACAACAUCGAAGAUUUCAUGGAUAAGAAACCCACCAAACCCUUUGAGCCCUCCAAGCAACAAUCCCUCACCGUCGCUUAGGAUUUCAGAUGGCUUUGUAUGGAGGAGGUGGCCAAGUGGUGGAAGGAUUCUUCCCAAGUUUUGUUAGAUUUUAACUCAAUAUUAAGUGUGCAAGUUAGGAGUGGGAAAUUUUGUAUUCAACAUGAAAGGGAAUUUAUUUGAGAUACAUGCAUGGAUGGUAUUCUU